AUGUUCGGCGACGAUGAGAUCCUGGAGUUGUACCAGCAACACAAGGAUCUGCAGGAGCAGUUCAAAGAGGCGCACAAGGCGUCGGAGCAGUCGAGGUCGCAGCUAAUCUCGCCGGCCGAGAUCAAGAAGGCCAUUGUCCAGAUGGAGGAGGACAAGGAGCAGCUCGAACGCAAGGUCGAGGCGCUGCACACCAAGCUGCACGGCAGCGACGGUUUCGAGCCGAUGUUGCGCGAGGUUGGCGCGUUGCGUGUGGAGCAGGAUGAGCAGCUCAAGCUUGCGGAGCGGAUGAAGGAGCAGCGCUCGCACGCCUACCAGGCCGAGCAGCGGCUCGAGCAGCUCUCCCGCGCACUGGCUGGCAAGAAGGCCGAGGCGGGCGUGAGCGACUUGGGCCGUCUGCUGCAGAAGCUCGAGGCCGAGCUCGAGUCGGACACGCGCGAGAUGCUGCAGCACCGGCAGGGGCUGCAGCGCGCCAUCCGCGAGCUCGAGGAGCGAAAGCGGGCGACGGCCUCCGACCCAGACGACCGGCUAGCAAUGUUCCGGCAGCAAGCGUCCCUGGUUGCCAAGAAGCGCGAGCAGGUGCGGCAACGGCUCGAGGCGGUGCGGCGCGACAAGGCGAACGUCGACGCCGAGCUCGCAAGCAAGGCGCGCGGCGCCCUCGACACUCCCUUUGCUAAGAGUCUCCAACCGGGACGCGUUCGACUGCUCGGCUGCCUCAACUCUCGCCCCCCGCGCCCAAAGGCGGCAGAGGUGUCGCAGCUGCCCGACCAGCCCGUGCUGCGGGGCGAGGAGUUUCGCAAGUACGCGGCGGAGCUGCGCGGCAAGACGGCGCAGUACAAGCGGAUGAAGGCGGAGCUCGGAGGGCUGCGCGCCGAGUGGGGGACGCUGUCGCGCACCGUGAGCUUGCUCGCAGGGCAGGACAGCUCGGUCACCUCGCAGCUGUCUGCGGUGGAGGCCAAACGUGGCGUGGCGGGCUUUGCGCAGACGGAGGAGCAACUGCGGCAGGCGGAGCAGCUCAAGGCGGAGGUUGACAGCGCCAAGGGCAAGACGCUCGAGGAGAUCUCGCAGGUGGUUGAGGAGAUCAACAGGCAGAUCAAGGACAACAAGACGCGUCUCGCGCCGCAGAUCAAGUCGUUGCGCACGCUGCGCGCACAGCACGGCGAGAUCGAGGCGCGAGAACGCCCCGAGGGGAGUUGUUUGAAGGCAGCGGCGAUGGAGCGAGUGAAGCUGCAGCGGAUAGCGGACGAGAAGGAGGGCCGCGCCCUCCGGCGCGCGAUGCCCGACGGCGCCGUCGUCACGACGUACCGCGAGCUGUACGAGCGGCGGAUCAAGGAGCAGGAGGCGCAGCAGCGGGAGCUGCGCGAGCGGCAAAAGGCGCUCAAGGAAAACCACGUACCCAACAAGGAGCAGAUGCAGCUCUUCCGGGACCUGAACAAGCUGCUGCGCUGCAAGGUGGACCUGCAAAAGGCGGCGCGCGCCGAGGCGGCCGACAUGGCGGCGGCGGAGCAGCAGGAGUCGAACGUGCUGUCGUUGGGCAAUGACUGA